UCUUCUUCGUCGCAAAAACCCAAACAUUGGACCAAUAGCAAUGAAGCAGUCGAGCAUGGAGAAGAAGAAGCUCAAGAGCUUCAACGAUCUCCUUCCUCUGGAGCUGAUACGAGCAAUCUUACUGAGGGUUCCCGUCAAACACCUUGCGUGCGUCAGAGGGUUCGUACUCUUACACCGCCAACCACAGUUUCUUAUCUUAUGGAAUCCACUCACUGAUUCCAGCAAAAGAAUCUCGUACUCUCAUAUUGUUAAUGCCGUAACAAACUGUAGUGUUUUUGAUCGUCUUGUUAAGGUCUUCUGCUUUCUCCAUGAUGCGCUUCUAUGUGGCUUUGGUUAUGAUGCGUCACAAGAUGAUUAUAUAGUAGUUGCAGCAUACAAGGGUAAAGACGGCAAAAACCAUUUUGAUCUGUGUUAUUUGAGAAGCAAUUCAUGGAUUAAUCUUGAUGCUGCACUUCCCAAAUCAUUGGACUGGGAUUAUUGGAAGCCUAAGGGGUUGUUCUGUAACGGGGCUAUUCAUUGGUCUCCUUAUGAGUACUGUGAUGACAUUCUUUUCUUUGAUCUGAAGGAAAGAAGUUUUUCCAAGAUAUCUGUGCCUGUGCCAAUAGGAAGAGACCUAUUUAAACCCCGUCUCGUCUUGCUAGGAGGGUGUUUAGCCUUGUAUGGGCGCGAAGAGUAUACAAGUGAGACAUGGGUGAUGAAAGAAUAUAAAGUGGAGUCGUCUUGGACUGUCUAUGAGAUUCCUCUUAGAUUCUUUAAGCCUCUGUGCUUAUCUGCUAAUGGGGAUAUUAUUGGAAGAGGUUAUCCUUCAUAUGGUGAAGUAAGGUUCUAUAUAUAUAAUGUCAGAGGAGAGCUGCUCAAACAUGUUCAAUAUCUUUAUGGUGAGCCUUCCAACCACAUAACGUCCGUUGUGCAUGUGGACUGUCUCAUGGCAAUCCCUAGCAACAUCAAGCAGAAGAAAAGAAAAAAGGGCUGUCAGAAUCACAAAGAGGUCAAACAAGGGAAGUGAAUUAGGAGCUAACGUGGGAACAACUUGGACACUUGAUUCUGUUGUAAAUGAAGUGUAGGAUUUGCAAGUUGAGCUGGAAAGAAGCUUCUAAGAACUCUCAUUCUAUUUUUCUUUUGCUUUAAAGUAUGAUUUCCUUCCAACUAUGUUUGGGGAAAACUCGAACAUUUGAAAAUGCAAUUGAGUUUACUCUUGUUAAAUUCAAUAUGUCUU